AUGGCCACCACUCAAGUGGCGCCGCUGCCUCUCGACGUCGAGUCUCGCGAGCGCAUCCCUGGCAGCCCGUUAGUCCCGGGUGGCGUCUCAUGGUCUGAAGACAGUCGCCUCGCUGUCGUGUCCGACUCAAGCGUCCUCGUCGCCACGUUCCGCAGUCGCGAACUCGAGAUGUUCCAGCCAAGAGGUCCAGCUGUAUCAAAAGACUUUGUCUUUCUCCCGGACACCAUCGAGAACGAGCGCUUUCCCGUUGCAAUUCCUCCUGUCAUGGAGUCCCUGGACGCGGGUCUCCCUCGAGCAAGUACCACGUACUUUUUGCUGCACGAGAGCGAUCGGCAUCAAUACAAUCCAAAGGAACUGUCUUUGUCCAAGAACGCAGGCCGAUCUUUCGUCGCAGCAGUAUGGGGCCCUCGAGGCUCUGCGCCAAACUCGUCGUGUGCGCUCUUGGCACUCACAGCCGCGUCCCGAGUGACGUUGCACUUUCCGUCGAGUUUUCAUAUGGACUGGAAGCAAGUCGCCGUGUUUUCGGAAACCCUGUUUGAGUUCCUUGAGCAAAAUAGCUUUCGACUUGGACCAUCACAUGAACUGGUGAGUAGUAUGCAAUCGCCGUCCAGUGUAGCUGCAAUGGCUGGAUCACGUGGAAACCAGUCGGCAAAGUGGACGAACAAGAAGAGCAAGCUAAACCCAGAUACAGGACUUGCUACAAGGAACUCUGUUGCGGAGUAUGCGCAUAAAUGUGCCAUGAUGUCGACACUCACGAUGGCGUGGUCGCCGUUUAUGGUCACAAUGGAUCAGCGAAAUACUGUGUCGCUUAUUGCACUGUCGGGACGGAAAGUGAGCACCAUUUGGACGUAUAAGUAUCCGUCGUUUGUGGCGGACCAGGAGAUGUCAGCUUUCCUUUCGUCGACCCCGGUUGCGUGGAUUGACACUGAAAAGUAUGGGUGGGUUUCCACGAGUACAUGGCAGCAAAUGCAUCGACAUGGGACAGCUUAUGCGACGAGACAAGACCUUGGUUUGGCACUUGGGACAUCGGAAGGUUAUGUGCUUAUUGCUAACGUUCCGGUGAGGUCCACUACGAUGAGUGAUGGCGUGCCUCAGAAGCUAGCAGUAGAUCGCGUUAUUGUGACACCGCAUUCGCAGCCAGUCUUUGGUUUGUGUAUGGGAAGUCGUUGGACGUACUCGAAUAGUCCGACAAAUAAUUUGAUUGUCGCGUCAGGGUCAACGAUAUCUGUUUGGAACGUGAAGAAGAAGAAGCAAGCACAACCAAACGUGAUGUGGAAGGCGCAUGAUGGCAAUGUUACUGGACUUGACAUCAACAACUUUGGAGACACGGUGUUCUCAGCUUCAGUGGAUGGAACAAUUAAAGCGUGGGAGAAGGCCACAGGCAUUCUACGUUACUCCAGCAACGUGAUUUCUACUGACUCAGCGGGUACGAGCCCUCGUGACACUGCUACUGCUGCUUCGAGCAUUAGCAAGUAUCCCGUGUUUGGUUUGGCAAUGUCGCCAAGCUCGGCGCAGUUGGCGUGUGUCUUCAUCAUCCCUCCAGCGUCCCGACCCAACCGCAAAUCACAAGCUGACGUUUCUUACAGCCGUGUGUCGAGCUCACUCGAGUACAUUCCAUCGCCUUUGGUGAAAAGGUCUGAUCACUUUGUGGAAAUUGUGUUUCGCAUUCUUAGCGAGGGUCAGUCCGUGGGCAGCUUCAUGGACGUGGUGUGGUUAUGCUAUAACGACAACGCGACGCUGAUGUCGCUGAAUGGGGCAACGGACUUGGCCAUUCCUAGCAUGUUGAACGAAGUCAAGAGUGCUAAUGGCGAAGCAAGCGAGAACAAGAUACUCGCGCGCCAACCAAUGUAUUUACACCUGUGUGAGGAGCUUGAGAAGCGCUACUUCGAAUCAGUUCAGGAUAUCGACUCUGGUAGAAGUGACACCACGCUCCCUAUUCCGCUGUUCCUGCAGGCAUCUUUGCUGCUCCGCAGUGCGAUCACACCUGCAGAUCAUCAAGUGGCGGCUCAAAAUGUCGUCCUAGCAAAGUUACGACGGACUUUGGGAGUAUACUGGGCGGAGCGUUGUUUGACGUCAGUUCUGGAGGCGUCGAAGAAGGCCAACCUGGCACUUCACGACUAUCUUGCCAGUUCUGCGACUAUGCAGUUCAGCGCACUGGCAAUGGCAGAUUUUCUUAGUGUGCAGAAUCCGCUGACGCGCCGCAGUGAAGCUCUCGUUACGCAUAUCUACGAUCAAUUGGACUCAACGGGGACUGCCGUUUGGAGUGCGUACGUUCGAGCAAAAGCGAAUAGUGAGGACCAGUCUACUGAAGAUGUAGACAAAGCUGCUGCGACAUUUGUGCCACCUUCACGAGAGACGUGCUUCAUUUGCGAAGCGAGUGUCCCGUUUGGCGAGCUAGAGAUCGUUUGUGAAUUCGGACACACAUUGGAAAGAUGCUUCCUCUCCUUCCGCUAUAUUUCUGCCAUGGAAGUAUGGAAGUGCAUGGGUUGUGGGGCUUCAGCAUCUGAAAUUGAUUUUUCAAGCGGUACAACCCCUUUUUAUCUAUUGAACUCCGAGCGUGUCGAUGACACUAAACUCACUUCGCCGGCUGCCGCGACGAUCCUCUGUCGGCUGUGCGGUAGCUACUGCAGCUUUUCAAAAUACUGA